GGGAAGGUGCAGGGAGGAGAGGGAAAGGCAGCGGCGGCGGCGGCGGCGGCGGCGGCUGGAGAAUGAAGAAGGAGCAUGUGUUGCACUGUCAGUUCUCCGCGUGGUACCCGCUGUUCAGAAGCCUCACUAUCAAGAGUGUCAUUCUUCCACUUCCUCAGAAUGUGAAGGAUUAUUUACUCGAUGAUGGAACUCUGGUGGUGUCAGGAAGGGAAGAUCCGCCUGCAAGUUCUCAACCAGACAGUGAUGAUGAAGCCGAAGAAAUACAGUGGUCGGACGACGAGAACACGGCCACGCUUACGGCACCAGAAUUUCCUGAGUUCACCACGAAAGUCCAGGAAGCGAUCAAUUCCCUGGGGGGCAGUGUAUUUCCUAAGCUUAACUGGAGUGCCCCAAGGGAUGCCUACUGGAUAGCAAUGAAUAGUUCUCUGAAAUGUAAAACCCUCAGCGACAUCUUCCUACUGUUCAAGAGUUCCGAUUUCAUCACUCGUGACUUCACCCAACCAUUUAUUCAUUGUACUGAUGAUUCUCCAGAUCCAUGUAUGGAAUAUGAGCUUGUUCUUCGAAAAUGGUGUGAAUUAAUUCCUGGGGCCGAGUUCCGAUGUUUUGUCAAGGAAAAUAAGCUUAUUGGUAUUUCUCAGAGGGACUACACACAAUAUUAUGAUCAUAUUUCUAAACAAAAAGAAGAGAUUUGCAGAUGCAUACAAGAUUUUUUCAGGAAACACAUACAGUAUAAAUUCUUAGAUGAAGAUUUUGUAUUCGAUAUAUACAGAGACAGUAGGGGGAAGGUGUGGCUGAUUGAUUUUAAUCCAUUUGGUGAAGUCACAGAUUCACUGCUGUUUACUUGGGAUGAACUCUUAUCUGGAACAAACCUAAAGGGUGACUUCAGUGAAGGAGAAGCUCUGGAGCAGGACGCUCCGGCAUUCCGUUGUACCAACAGUGAGGUCACAGUCCAGCCGAGUCCCUACCUGAGCUACCGGCUGCCCAAGGACUUUGUGGACCUGUCGACGGGCGAAGAUGCUCACAAACUCAUCGAUUUUCUUAAACUGAAAAGGAGUCAGCAAGAGGAUGACUGAUCAGCAUGCAAGAGUUCCAGGCCAAGUCACAGAGGAAACCACAGCUGCUUCUGAAGAAGGCCAGGAAGAGUCCACAAGCUCCUAUUAACCCGGUCGGGGGGUGGGGGGCGUGGACAUCAGUAGCUUUUUAUAUUCAUGUAUAAAGCUGAGGUAAAUGGAGGGACUUUGCUACUUGUAAAAAUAACACAAUAAAUAGAUCUUAAACAGGAAGCUAUCCUGUUCUGAUGAUAAAAUACUUUCUAUAAAA